AUGAUGUUGAUGGCCAACAGUACAAACAACAUCAGUUAUAAUCCAACGGCGAAUAGUCGACCUAAUACCAACCCUUUACCUCAUCGAGAGCUUCUUCUACCUAAAAAAAUAUCAUCAAGAUUGGUCGGUGCAGGAACAGCACAAGAUAGUAGUCUUUCAUCGGAUUCAAAUAGUAUCUAUCGACAAGGUUCGGCUGAAUCAAAUUAUAGCCAACAAUCAUCAGAAAGUUUAGAUGGCGAUACAGCUGAAAGAGAACCAACAACUACAGCUCCAACAUCAUCAAUAAAACCUCGUGAUCAAACACGUUCUGCAACUGAUGCGUUAGAACGAUGUAAAACAAAACCUGUUGCUUUUGCUGUACGAACAAAUAUUGAAUAUAUUCCAUCACCAGAUGAUCUUUGUCCUAUUGCAAAAGCAGCUAUUGCUUUUCCAGCAAAAGAAUUUCUUCAUAUUAAAGAUAAAUUUAAUAAUGAUUGGUGGAUUGGUCGAUUAGUUAAAGUCGAUGCACCACUUGGUUUUAUACCAAGUCCAGCUAAAUUAGAAAUGAUUCGUAUACAAUCAAAUCGAAAAAAUAAAAAUCAACCACAAUCAUUAGCAAAUACAGCUCCACGUGUGAAAGCAUCGACACAAAGUCUUGAUAUUAUUGAUCAGAAUAUGGGUGGAUUCAAUGAUGAUACAUUAGGCAAUGAUGGUGAUGGUGAUAGUCUUACAAAAUCAAAAUUAAAUCUCAAUGCUAAUAAAGAUAAAAAGAAACCUUUUUUUAAAAAGGCUGCAAAUAUUACUCCUUAUGAUGUUGUACCUAAUAUGCGUCCCGUUGUACUUGUUGGUCCGUCUUUAAAAGGCUAUGAUGUCACUGAUAUGAUGCAAAAAGCUGUCUUUGAUUAUUUAAAACAUCGUUAUGAAGGUCGAAUAAUUAUAACACGUGUUACAGCUGAUAUAUCUCUUGCUAAACGUGGUCUCUUAAAUAAUCCUUCAAAAAUUGCUCUUAUUGAACGUGGUGCACCAUCAGGUGCUGCUGGUAAUUCAUCUGGAACAUCAUCUGGAAUGAUAAGUCCAAUGGGUACAACACGUUCAACUGGUAUAAAAGAAGUUCAUGAUGAAAUUGAACGUAUAUUUGAAUUAGCACGAAGUCUUCAAUUAGUUGUACUUGAUUGUGAUACAAUAAAUCAUCCAGCUCAAUUACAAAAAACAUCUUUAGCACCAAUAAUUAUCUAUUUAAAAGUUGCAUCACCAAAAGUUUUACAAAAAUUAAUAAAAUCACGUGGAAAAAGUCAACAUAGAAAUUUAAAUGUACAAUUAGUUGCUGCAGAUAAAUUAACACAAUGUUCUGCAGAUAUGUUUGAUUUAAUAUUAGAACAAAAUCAAUUAGAAGAUGCUUGUAAUAAUUUAGCAAGUUUUUUGGAUAUCUAUUGGAAUGCUACACAUCCUAAAUUAGAUGAAAAAAAUGAUUUAACACAUGAUACAACACAUCUACCGCCACGUCCAGCAGCUUCCUUAAUUGCUCAUCUACCACAAAUGAAUCCUUUAAGUCAAGCACCUGUUGUUACAUCAACAACUACAACAGUUAAUCGUCUUCUUCCAUCAUCACCACUUGUUAAUGAUAUAACACAAUCACAUUUAUUACCUCAACGAACACCAUCACAAUUAUCAUCAAAUAAUAGAUAUGGAGCUGGAGGUACAGGAGGAGGUCUUUCUCAACGAAGACCAUCAUCAUCAAUUACUCCAGAUUAUUAUAGACAGGCACCACAACCACCACCGUUACCACUUCCACCUGCACCUGCUUAUGAUGACGAACGUUUUGCCCACUAUGAAAUGGCUAAUUUUCGAUAG